AUGCUCUUCUUUGCAUCCUUCCCCACGCCCAAGCCUCUCCAAGCCGAAAUCCACCAGCUCCCCGCCCCACCGCUCUCAAAGCUCUUCACAACCACAAACAACACCCCCUCAAAACGUCUCUCCACCUCAUCCUCCAUCUUCUCCUCCCUCGGCUUCCAGAAGUCGCCGCCCAUCUCGCAGCAGCCCCAGUACGUGCCCAGAGCGAUACCAAGGCUCUCGAAAUGCACGCAUCAGAGCGUGACGAGAUACUAUACUGCAGCCAGCACAAGUACGCCUGAGGAGCUCAAGAUGCAGGGUAAGGAGGAGGCGCAUGAGUAUUGCCAGAGAUGCAGGAAGCAGCACUGGUUCCGCUGGGUCUAUGUCUGCGAUAUGUGUUCGGCGAGGGCCUGCCAUAACUGCAGGCCGAAAUGGGCAGAGAGGGCAUGGGGGAGCUUUGGGAGUCUGGGCACUAUGAUGGAGGGUGUGGAGGAGCCAAGGGUUGAGGUGAAGAGAGAUGAGAGGAUGGAGAGGAGUAUGAGUGUGGGAGAGGAGAAGAAGUUGAAGAGGAGGUCGAAGAGGUGGAGUGGGAGUGCGUGGUUGAGGGAGUUGAAAGAGGGCACUUAG